UUUUAAACUUUGACGUGCAAACACCACAUUCCCAUACCAGGAACAAUUUCACAAUUUUGUUUCAUCGGUUACGAAUGCGUUCGUCGCCCGUUUGAAAACACACAGUUAACGAUCAAACACCGGGGACUAUAUUUAGUAAAGAAAAAUAACGGAAAUCUAUAUAAAAAAAAACAAUAUUGAAAUGCAAUUAAAUUGUUAAAAGUGAAUGGAUUAAAAAUUAAUAAAAACAACAACAAUUUUCUAUAAGUGAAAACAAAAUUAAUCAACAAACCCCAAAAGUGGAUUAAAGUGUAAACAAAAAACCAGAACAAUUCCAACCAAGAACUUUACAUCAAAAGAAGUUUCAGCUCAAGUGCCACAUGUUGACGGACUGUUGCACAAGUCACGUGUGUUGCCAAGUCUAACUAAAGCACAACAAAAAACACGACAUCAACAACAACACAAAUGUUUUCGUUAAAUUUCAUAAUUGUAAUUGUUAAUCUAUUAGUGUUGAUAAUGGGUCUAUCAACGGCGGCACCCACCAUCUCCACCAGUACACUAAUAAAUAAUAACAGUGAUAAUAAUCAUAAUGAUAAUAAUGCUGCCUUAUUAUCAUCCAUAUCUGCCGGAACCGCUGCAGAAUCCUCAACAACUGCAACUCAAAAUGCUGCAUUACCAGCAGCCGCCAAUUCUUGGCGUUUAGGCAAACGCCAUCGUAAACGUCACAGCAAUUGGAAUAUCUACAAUAAUUUCAAUGAAAAUUCCAGCAUCGUUGAAUGGUCCAAUCCGUGCGGUGGAGUUUUUGACCCCAGUGUCAAAAAUACCCGGCGACCAAGUAAACAGGAGCAGAGAAAGAUUUAUAAAUUUUUGAAGAAUACCGCACUUCAUGAUUUGAAUCGCUUGAAUGACAGCCACCGCCAGGAUAUUAAUAUCAGUAAUAUCUGGGAUUGGAGGCUACACAAUUAUAGAUAUAAAUUCUUGCCAAAAUUGAAAUUGAACUCCAGUAUUGCCCUCAAACGUUGGUAUCGCAAUAUGCAAACCUAUGUUGCCUCCUUUGCCUAUUUGCGUCGCAUUCAAUACACCUACGAUCAUUCGAAAUCUCAACGUGAAAGCAAUACGUCACAGGAGCUCAAGGAGUUGCUGAAAAGUUCUCGCAACAUGUUGUGCGAGAUGGAGGCAGCCGUCAACAAGACACAUCCCUAUAAAUCACUGCAAAUGCCCGUUAUAACGCGUACACAAAUGAACAAACGCCUUAAACUGCUCACCAAGGAGCGUGUGGAUAAAAAUCCUCAUGAUUUGCAGGCAGCCGAUUCCAUAGAUUUGAAAUUUGUAAAAUAUCACUAUUUCGAAUAUCUAAAGAAUAUGGGACAGAUUUUAAGGAAAUUCAUUAAAAACAUAAAAAACAAUCAAAACUCAACAGGUUCGAGGGCGAACUCAACACAAUUUAAUGAAAUUGAAAAGUCCCCCGGCACAAAACGAAAAUCGGGGCAAAGGGCGAAGAGAACCAAAAACAGGAACAAGUUAGCUUAGGGGCAGCAAUCCAGCCUUGGCAUGCGUUAACCUAUGAAGAAUCUUAAGCAGAAUCCACCCGCCUUCUAAUCUCUAAGCAUUCCAAACUUAAUUAUUUCUGGAUUUCCAAUAAUAUUUAUAAUAUUCUAGUCAUUCCAGUCAAGAAAACAACAACAACAACUACUUUCCACAAUUUUGGUUCCUAUAAUUUAUAAAUUAACCAUUGCAAAUUGAACUUAGUCUCACUCUCCCUCUCUCUCACCCUCCCCAUCAACCUCCAUUAUUUAUCAUCAAAAAAAUGACAAACAAGAGAAAAAAAAGUAUUAUUAGUUUGUAACACACAACAACAACAAGAACUCAACGCCACAUUCCCCAAAUGUAAAUGAAUUACUAUUAUUUAUAGAAAUGUUCCUAUUUAUAGAAUUUCCAAGUAAAUUACAAUCGUAACCUGUGAUAUUAGUGUUUUAAGUGAAAUUGAAGUAUUCUCUUCCUCACUCUCCCGCUCUCUCUCUAUUUGAUUGUAAUUUAAUUGCUAGGCCGUAAGUGUAUUGUUUAAGUAAUGUAUGUAUGUAAGUAGCUCUGUAGUGUGUGUAAUUUAUUAUCGAUAUUGUUUAUAACAAUUAGCCGUUUAAGUAUUAUUAUGUUUAUCAUUAUUUUUAUUAUUAUUUGUUAGUUUUUAAGCAUUUUUUUGAUAUGAAUGAAGAAAGUGAAAAGAAGUGAAAUGAAGAAAUAUAAAUACAAAGAUGAAAAAUCUUA